CUACGGGCAGCACGUCCAGCACUUCAAGGUGCUCAGGGAGAGGAACGGCAAAUAUUUCCUCUGGGAGGAAAAGUUCAACUCCCUCAACGAGCUGGUGGAUUUCUACAGGACGACCACCAUCGCCAAAAAGCAGCAGAUCUUCCUCCGGGAUGAGGACCAGAGCCAGGAGGUGAGGAGACCCAAAUUCGUACAAGCUCAAUUCGACUUCUCGGCCCACGACGGCUCCCAGCUGCCCUUCCUCCGUGGGGACAUCAUCGAGGUCCUGGACUGCCCCGACCCCAACUGGUGGCAGGGGAAGAUCUACGGCCGCGUCGGC